GACACGCAGAAGAAGGCGGUGGAGGAGGCGGUGGUGGUGGUGGUGGUGGUGGUGGCGGUGGAGGCGGCGGCGGCGGCGGCCAGAAGAGAAGUGGUGGAGGAGGAAGAGGAGGAGGAGGUGGACGGAGAAGAAGAAGACGAAGGAGAAGAAGGAAGAGGAGGACGGAGGACUCGCUAACGACGGCGAACGUCCUCGAGGGUGCGAGAUACCAGCACCAGCAACACCACCGACGACGAUGAUCGUGACAGGCGACGAACGACGUACGCGUUGGAGGAGGAGGCGCCGAUCGGUCCUCGGGAUAACGGUGUCGGCCUUACUGGCCCUGGUUAUCGGUCCUUUGCCAGUUCACGGACACAGGCCAGCGCCGAACAAUCCCAUCAUUCUUCAGACUAGUAGCAGCACGACAACGACGCCCUUGUACGUGCACCCGAACAGUACCGUCCUAUCUAAUGGCAACAACAACAACAUCUACAACGAGGCUGCGGACGACGGUUAUAACAGUACCCUUCAUCAUCACCAUCAUCAGAUGGUCGGCGGUAACAUGACCGAGGAAAAGGCGCCCCUCUUUCCCGAAGACCUCUUCACCGUCCAUCAACGACGUCGCGGUGCCGUGAUACUUCACGUAAUCGGUGUUGUGUACAUGUUCAUCGCUCUAGCGAUCGUAUGCGACGAGUUCUUUGUGCCGUCGUUGGACGUGAUCAUCGAGAAACUCGAAAUCGCCGACGACGUGGCAGGUGCUACCUUCAUGGCGGCCGGCGGUUCGGCGCCGGAACUGUUCACAUCGAUAAUCGGCGUGUUCGUGUCGUUCGACGAUGUCGGUAUCGGCACCAUCGUCGGUUCGGCCGUAUUCAAUAUUCUCUUCGUGAUCGGCAUGUGCGCAAUAUUUUCUCGUACGGUGCUAUCCCUCACAUGGUGGCCCCUGUUUCGCGACUGCACCUUUUACAGCGCCAGCCUGCUCACCCUGAUCUUUUUCUUCCGUGAUAAUUAUAUUCACUGGUACGAGGCGUUGGUCCUCUUCGGAUUCUACUUGGCGUACGUCAGCUUCAUGAAAUGGAACCAACCGAUGGAGAAACUGGUCAAAAGGGUAUUCUACAGGAAUAAGGUGACCCGAGUUAGGUCCACCGAUCAGCUGAUGCCCUCGCAUCCGAACGCGACGAACAGUAGCGAGACGAGCGUGGGUGGCGUGUCGGGUGCAUGCGGAAGCAGCGGCAUACCGGCGGGCGGAGAGGCCGGGUGCAGCAACAGAGGUGGCAGCAGCAGCGGUGCCGGUGGCACGGCCGGACAGGGCUGCGAACAGGGAGCCCACGGUGGUGGCCCCUCGUCUCAUUCCAGGGAGAGCCACGCCAAGUUCAGGCACGGCCUGCUACAGCUUAUGAUGCUCACGCUCGAUCCGCUCCACGACGGUCAGUCCCGCGCCGGCAAAGUGGACGAGAAAGCGACGCAACUGCACGCGAUAGCGUCGCUGAAGGUGCUGUUGGAUGCCACCAAGCCGCACAAUGGCGCCGCGACGUCGACCGCCGCCCAUUAUUCCGGGGCUUCUUCGAAAGAGACCACGCUACAGCUGCAGCAAGGCUCUCAGGGCACCACCACGACCACCACUACGACGACGACCACCGCCGGCACCACCGCUGGCAUCCAGGAACUUCCCAACGGUGGUAUAGCCGCUGGCCUCGACGCGGGCCUCGAAUCGGGAGAGGAGGAUGAACCUCCAGAGGCCCUGAACAUGGGCUGGCCCAGCAGCCCUAAAAAGAGACUAACUUACAUUCUGGUAGCGCCAAUUUUGUUCCCUCUGUGGCUCACGUUGCCGGACACGAGGACACCCAAGGGGAAGAAGUUGUUUGCGGUGACGUUCCUCGGGUCGAUCCUCUGGAUCGCGGCAUAUUCGUACCUGAUGGUCUGGUGGGCGAACGUCGCCGGCGACACGGUUCGCAUACCGCCGGAAGUGAUGGGGCUAACGUUUCUUGCUGCCGGCACCAGUAUUCCCGACCUGAUCACCAGCGUGAUCGUCGCGAGGAAAGGAUUCGGCGACAUGGCCGUGUCGAGCUCCGUCGGCAGUAAUAUUUUCGACGUGACCGUUGGGCUUCCGGUUCCGUGGCUGCUAUACGGCUUGAUCUACGGAAGGCCCGUGGAGGUGAACUCGGUGGGCAUGGUGUGCAGCAUAGCGAUCCUUUUCUGUAUGCUGCUGUUCGUGAUACUGAGCAUAGCCUGUUUCAAAUGGCGAAUGAACAAGGGCCUCGGUUUCACGAUGUUCCUCCUCUACUUCGUCUUCGUCGCGGUCUCGUUGAUGUUCGAGUACGAGUUCCUCGUCUGUCCGGUCUAGGAGCUAACAACGACAACGACGAGAGAUCGAACGAACAAGAAGAGGUCCAAACAAGAAAGGGUAUAUACGCGCAUUUUACGGGUCUCGUCAUCGUGUCAUCAUCAUCGUCGUCGGCGAAGUCGUUUUCACCCGACGAACGGAAAAAGAAAGAAAAUCUUCCUCGAGCGCCGCAUGAAAGAGGAGCAAACGACAACAACAGCCUUCCCGAGAUUAACUAUCGAAAACUGUUGAUGCAUCAUCCCCUACCUCGUUCCCCGUAACAGCCCCCUCGUUAACCCUUAUCCGUCGCCGAUUAUAUUUCAUGGUUAUACAAGAAAAAAAAAAAAAUCAAGAUACAGCCGAGGCCAGCGUUUACCAAGCGUUGUUUCGUUCUAGAUACGAAUGUAAAUAUAUUAUAGAAAACCUUGAAAUACCUGAAACAAAAUACUCAUCUCGUUUAAGAAUUAACAAAAACGCGACGCAAACCGUUCGAGCGAAACGGCCGUUGCGUCGGUCAAUAUUUAGACGCAGCGAGUGUGUCGGCCAAUCGUGCCAACGAUCGAAAUUAAUAUUCACUUUCUAUAACGUGAAAUCUUUCUUGCCGCUACCGACUUCACUUUCUCCCUUUUAUCUCUU